CUUGGCGUCGUCUUCGUUGACAUUUGCGCUGUUUCAAACUGUUUUCUUCUAAAGUCUAGAAUUGUAUUUGUGUAUCACGAUCGAUGAAGUAAUCGUUGCCGACAACGUGAACACACUUGGCCCCAACGCCGGUAAACCUUUCGAGGAGUUCUUAGUACGCGAAAGAAGAAAUUUCUCCAGAAAAUUCAAUAGCGUCCUUCUUCGACACACCGAAAAGCAACUGCACCGUAGUACCGAUGCGUGAGACAUAAUUAUAAAGGGAUUGAAAGCUAGGGGAGGAGAGAUAAACAAAAACGGAUCGUUUUACAUUUUGAGCGCAAUAAAUCAUGAGCCAGGGGGAUCAAGAGAAGAGCAUGGAUAAGAAGGAAAUUGCUGAGGAGGAAAGGGAGAAGAUGCUGAACGCUGAAAAUACGAAGCAUACGGUGGCAUCGCCCGCGCCAGACUCGGAAUCCGAAGAACAGAAGCCCAGAAAGAAAAUCCCAAUUGGUGGUAUUAAAAUGCCUGGCUUUUGCCGCACGAAGAGCAAGGAACCCUGCAAAGACGAUGAAAGUAAACCCGUCGAAUCGAGCGAUGGCGAAGCGACCGAGAAAAAUGCUAAAGAAAAUGAGCAAAAUGUUUCGUCAGAAAAAACGAACACGCCUAGCAAAGACGCAAAGGAGAAAGAAGGACGAAAGGGAAUCCUUGAUGCCAUAAAGUUACCCUUGGUCUCUGUUUUUCCUCGAAAAAAGAACAAGGAGGGUGAAGUAGAACUAGGUACAACUGGAACCGCCGGAUUAGCCAGUGUCGAAACGCUCAACGAUGGAGCGGGUGAGAAAAAUCCCAUUGGCAACGAAGACGGUAUGGAAACCGUUCGGCUCGAUGGAGAUGCACCAGAUGGUAUUGAAUCUCCGAAGCAACACUUUCUUGUUGCUUGCAUAUCCGCUGCAAGGAGGAAUUUGUUCGCGCUAGUGGCAACGCUAUGUAUUUUGAUAUCUGUCAUCAUCAUCAUCUGCGUUGCCUCCGUCGGCCCAAGAAAGGGUUCUACGCAGUUGGUGAAAGAUGGAAAUUACGUCGAAGCCGUUACUUCUUGCGGUCCUGUGCAAGGGAUAUCAGAAGACGGUGCAUUUGCAUUUCGUGGCAUUCCUUUUGCAAUUUCGCCGCUAGAGAAUCGUCGUUGGCAACCUGCAGAACCCUUACGAAGAAUCGAGCACUGCUGGACGGGUACUUACCUGGCGCACAAUUCUUCGGAUGUCUGUUUGCAGCGUGACUCUUCCGGCGGUAUGAUUGGUACCGAAAAUUGCUUGCACCUCGACGUUUUCACGCCUGACGUUAGAUACGAUUCACCUUUGCCGGUGGUCGUUAUGAUCGGCGCAGAGACGCUUAGCGGCGGCUCUCCAGGUGUAAUGCAACCUUCUGCAAAGCUGGCGCGUGUUCGUGACAUGGUCUUUGUCAGACCAAACUUCCGAUUAGGAAUCUUUGGCUUCUUGGCUGCUGAACCACUCUCAAGAGCAACGCAUCCUCCCACAUCCGGAAAUUAUGGGCUCUCUGACAUUAUAGCAGCGCUUCAGUGGGUUCAACUCAAUAUUGAAAAUUUCGGUGGUAACAAGAAAUCUGUAACUGUGUGGGGUCAUCGAGCUGGAGGAACCCUCGUCACGACAUUAGUCGGCACUCGGCGAGCAAGAGAUCUAUUUUCGAAAGUUUGGAUAUCCAGCGGAAGCGCGAUAUUUCCAGGAAGAGAGUUAGAGGUUUCAGAGAAACUUAGCGAACAAUUUCUGAAUUCUAUAAGGUGCAGCGACGCCGCCUGUUUGAGAGGUAAGAGCGCCGAAGAAUUAAUGGACUCUAUUCCAGAGACUUGGCAUUUGGGUAAUGUCGGGCUUCCUGAGACCAGAGAAGCAACAUCGAAAGACAGGAGACACGAGUGGCUUGUCCUUGAUCGCGCCAUUCUUCAAGAACCUGUUGGUCAAAUUUGGGCAGGGGAUGACUUUUCAGUGAAAAUCGUGAUGGGCACUACAGCUCAUGCUGGAGCUCCGCUAAAGUACCUGAAUUCAAACACCACUCUCAAUUCCACGCAAGUCGAAAAAAUUGUACGAGAGUCCCUGCUGGGGACCACGGGUUUAGCCGAUGAAGCUCUCAAACGUUACAAUGCAACAUUAAAGGGUUUGCUGAGCAUGAUUUCCGACAUUCGUGUAGUAUGCCCAUUGCUGACAGUCGCUCGAAUGAAAACUAACAUUCCAUUCUACGUGGCAAUACAACCGCGAGGCCAAAUUGCAGACCCUGACAGCGACGCUGCAGCGAUACUUGGAUCAUUUGCUGCACGUACGCCCGAAGAAAAAAGGCAUGUCUCUGCGAUGCAGCAACUUUUCAAUCACUAUGUCUGGCAUGGCGAAGUAGCUCAGGCAGAUUCUAACGGUGUGAAACGAGUUCUCAUCGUUGGGCAAGACACGCUUCCCGAGCGUGACUAUCCGAAUUGCGACGUUUGGAUAGGAAAAGAUAUCGUACCGUCUUACGGCCGAGUGGAUUGAAUUGUUUUUCGCGUUACAUGUCUGAUGGAGAUUUCAAGAUUUCGACCAAACUCGAGAUAUCCUCCACGAAGACAAUUUUGCUUUCGAGCUUUUUAAAUCUGAUGAGUUGUUGCCGAGACACUCGAGACACAAGAAAUGAAACGAAGAUGAUUUAAAAGAUCGCACUGAUCGUUGAAUCGAACCGACAAAAAGGGGAGGGAAGUUUUUUUAUACGUAUUGUUUAUUCUUAAAACAGAUUGUUUCGGUUUUAAUCUUUCGUUUGAACUGAUUUUCUCGUUCUUCAGACUGUAAUAAUUAUAUUUUAGCUACUUUCUUCCGAGUAAUCAAGGAAAAGCGUAACGAUGUUUUAUUGCAAUUAACUGCU